AUGAGCACCACCAGUACCAACACCACCACAUCAGCUACAGCUACAGCUAAACCAAUUCAAGUAGUGCUAUUCCCGCCCACACCAGUCGUCAAUGUUCCUAUUUGUGUUGCAUAUUAUUUGCAAUCAAACAACAAUAGAAUCGAAUCAUUCAAUGAAAAGAAUAUAGUUUCUUUGACAUGGACAAUAGAUGAUCAUGUUGUACAGCACUACGAUUCUUCUUUAUCCAAACCAUCCUCCUCACUAUUUAAAAGAAUAUUCUUUUCUUCCUCCUCCUCCUCUUCUUCAAAUGAUCAAUCUAUCAACUUGUUUAAACCAACAAUACAACAAGCAAACAAAGAAUUAAAAGUUGAUGUUGUCAUUAAAUGCAAAGAACUUGGCAUCCUGACUGCAACACCCUUCACUUUUACUCAAAAGAUUCAUACUCAUCCAAAAAGAGAUGAAUUUGUUUUAGAUUAUGAUCAUAUCAAUCAUUAUCAAAUGUCAUUGAAAGAGAAAGUAGUAGUACAACAACAACAACAAGAAAAAGAAGAAGAAGAAAAAGAAGAAGAAAAAGAAACACAGGAAGAAACCAAAGAUGAAAAUGGAUCAACAAUACCAAAACCACCACCACUUCCUCCAGUUGAAACAGUCAAAUCAUCUUUAUCGAGCUAUCCAUCUUCUAAUAGAGUGAUACCAGACGAUGCUCUAAGAAUCAUACAAUUCAAUAUACAAGCUGACAUUUACACACAUCCCCAGAGAUACCAUUAUUGUCCAUCGUAUGCCUUGUAUCGUCCCUAUCGUCAAUACAUCAUUCCAGAAUAUAUACUAGAGCACAAUGGUGAUAUUGUUUGUCUACAAGAGGUAGAGGUAGAAUUUGAUAGACUAAGAAAGGUGUUGAUCGAAUCUGGAUAUAAUCAUACUGCUGUACUUGCAAAGGAAACAGAUAGACAACACGAACAAUGCAUCACAUUUUACCAAACAUCAAGAAUUCAAGUAAUCGAAGAGCAUCUAGUCAAUUACAACACCAUCGAGAAGCAUCCAGAGUUGAUUAGCAAAGAACAAAUUGCAUCUUUAACAAAUAACAAUGUACACAAUACCAAUAUGUAUAAUCAACUUUUACAUACACUUCAUCACAAUAGACACAACAUUCUAUUACUUGAAUGCAAGAAAACCAAUCAAAAGUUUAUAGUUGUCAAUGUUCAUUUAUAUUGGGGAGCAUCUAGUAAUGAUACCAAUUAUUAUUUACAAAUACUACAAAUGAAUAUGUUGUUAAUUAUGGUACAAAAUAUUCUUACAAGACACAAAUUAGGAUCGUGGACCACUAUUGAUGACAACUUUGAAACAAACACUCCAAUCAUUAUAUCUGGUGAUUUUAAUAAUGGUCCAGCCAACUAUACAUAUCGUUAUCUAGCCAAAGGCAAUCUAAAUGUAAACACAAAUCAAGGACUUGUUAAUUAUCAGCAUCCAUUCAAAUUUAAAAGUGCUUAUAAUUUACAUCCAAAUGGUGAAUUAAAAUAUACCUGCAUUACAAGAGAUUUUAAAGGUUGUGUUGAUCAGAUAUUUGUAAACGACAAGAUAAAGGUUGAAUCACUAUUGGAGGUUGAAAAAUAUUAUGGCGAGUGUCUACCAACCAUUACAGAGGCAUCAGAUCAUAUUUUGAUUGCUUCAACAAUUACUUUUUUAAAAAACAAAGAAUAG